CUGAUGUGUUGUCAGCUCAAGGUGAACAUCAGGAUCAUUGUCUCCAACUCCUGAAAGGGUCUCCCCACAUCGUUAAGUACUCACUGACACUUCUGUCCAACCAUCAACCUGCCCCAAAGAGUGGUGGCCGGAGCUGAAAUUUCCUCUCCCUAAAACGCCCUGAUUUCUGGGGCUCUACCUCAAGUUGCCUGUUGCCUGAAAACACAUCGUUAUAAAGUAUCAAACUCACAUGGAUACUAAAUUUAGUAGGUUGCGUUCACCUUAGGGGGACAGAGGGACUGUCAAUUCACCAAAGCAUUCAAGGUGAUUAACUGCAGAGUGAGGAGACAUUAUUAUGGCCUUCCACUAUUUAAAGGGGCUUAUAAAAAUGAUGGACAGCAACUUUUUACAUGGGCAGGAAAAGGAGAGGUUUAGGUUAGAUAUUAGGAAGAAAUUAUUCCCUGCAUGAGUGGUGAAGACCUUGCACAUGUUGCCAAGAGAAGAUGCGCCUUCCCCAUCCUUGGAAGUGUUCAAGGCCAGGUUGGAUGGGGCAGCACUGUGUAGUGGAAGGUAUCCCUGCUUAUGGCAGGGGUGCUAGAAUCAGGUGGGCUUUAAGGUAUCUUCCAAUGCAAACCCUUCUGUGAUUCAAUGACUAAAUCAUAGAACAGCCAAGUUUGAACAUGACCCCUGAAUAUAACCUUGUCCACCCUCCCUGCUCAAAGCAAAGCCAGCUGCAGGGAUGCCCGGAAGCCUUCCUUGAGCGGACCCACAUCCCUGCAUGUACACCAGAGGCAAAUGACAGCCUGGCGGGCAGCACCGCCCGUGUCCUACGGCUACACAGGGCUGUCCCUGACAGCUCAGCGCAAUGCGGAUCCAGGGAGGGAGGCGAGCUCCCAGCAGCUGCUGCGGCGCGGAGAGCCGGGAAUUCCCCACAGGAGCAAGGCCUGGGAGCAUCCCCAGCACAGAAUCAAUUAGGUUGGAAAAGCGCUCUGAGCUCAUCGAGCCCAACCCGAUGCUGCAGGAGGGAAGGACCCGAGGUGGGGAGAACCAAGCACAACAGCCCAGGACCUAUGAGAGCCUCUGCCCAGACACAUCCGCUCUCCAGCGCCCGAGGAGCGACACAGUGAAUUUGCCCAGCAUCCGAAGGGCCAUGCAGGCUGUGGGGUAUCAUCUGAAGGACCAGGGCUUGAACCUGCUCAUCAACAACGCAGGCAUCAGCUCCCACGGCACACUGUGCUCCCUGGACUCGCAGGAGAUGCUCGACGUGUUUGCCACCAAUGUGGUUGGGCCACUCCAGGUUGUCAAGGAAUUUCUGCCACUCCUGGAGCAGGCGGCGAAGGGCGCAGGAAAGGAGGGUCUGAGCUGCAGCAGGGCCGCUGUCAUCAACAUCUCCUCCAAACUGGGCUCCAUCGGGCUGUGCCUCCGCGUGCCAGAGGCCCCCAUGUACCCGUACCGGGCCAGCAAGGACCAAGUCCCAUUUCCCACCUCCACAGACUUUGUGGCUAUGAAAUGUCUCCUCUCCUGCCCACCCACUCCCUGGGUUGUGCUGGCAGGGCUGUGCCUCUUCCAGGCUGCCCAGAACAUGGUGACGAGGUGCUUGGCUGCGGAACUCCAGGCCAAGGGGAUCUUGUGCGUGGCCAUCCAUCCUGGCUGGGUGAAGACUGACAUGGGCACUGAGGAGGCACCACUGACAGUGGAGCACAGCGUGAGGGGCAUCCUGACCGUGCUGGCCAACCUCUCACAGGACACCUCUGGAGCCUUCCUCGACUGGGAAGGGAACAGCCUGCCCUGGUGAAGGACAAAUGGAUGGUGCCUCUUCCCCAUGCUGCAGCCUCUGCUCGCUGGCUCACCACUCUGCAUGGUCACCCCUGCUCGCCCUCAGCCCUCCCCACACUGCUGGGGAGAGGGAAUCAGCUUGGGAAAAAGCCUCUCUCUCCUUUCCCACACCACGUGUUCCCUGUUGUCCCUCUGUACCCCUCACUUCUGUAAACUCUGGCAGCUGAUGCCUCUGCUCUGUCUCCACACCCAGUCUCAAUCCCCUGUCUGAGCCCGGGGCAGGAUCCCUGUG